CACAAUAUUUCAGUGCAAAACACAACAAAAAAAUCCUUAAACACGACACAUGCAGCCACGACGUGUUAUACUGAAUGAGGUUAUCACUAUAAAAUACAAUUAAUUGUAAAAGAAAAAUUCUUAAAACAAUCGAGGAGGACAUAUUGACAGCAGAGAUGUAGCUCGUUUAUGUAACAGAAUGGAUGGGAGUAUACAAUGUUUGUACUGCUCUCGGGAGUUAGAACUAACCUCAAUGAACUUUUGUCCAGAAUGUGGAUCUGCUGUAAACAAGGAAGAACUUCUUAUACGCUAUUAUUUUCAUCGUGGAUUUAGUUAUUCGUCAAUUAUUUUGUUUUUAAAUAACCGGCACGAGAUCGAAAUUUCUAUUCGAACUCUGCAAAAUAGGCUGUCAGAAUAUGGGUUGAAAAGAAGAGGUACAGAUACCCCCAAUGCAGUCGUUUAUGAAGCAGUCCAACAAGAAUUAGAUGGUCCUGGAUGUAUGAGAGGGUAUCGUGCGAUGUGGCACAGUCUCCGUCUAAAAUAUGGAAUUCAAACGCCCAGAAAUAAUGUCGAAAGAAUUCUGCGCGAAAUCGAUCCAGAGGGAACCGAAUUAAGAAGAACUCGUCGACUUAGAAGAAGAUCCUAUGUAAAUCCUGGGCCUAACUUUGCGUGGCAUGUAGACGGGUAUGACAAGCUAAAGCCGUAUGGUUUUCCGAUUCACGGUUGUGUGGACGGGUUUAGUCGUCGUGUUAUGUGGUUGAAGGUUUGUCGAACAAACAACGAUCCAUCACAUGUUGCAUCGUUUUUCUACGAGUGCGUGAAAAUAACCAAUGGUUGCCCAAGAAUAUUACGAACUGAUUGCGGCACCGAGAACGGAGUCAUGGCUUCAAUGCAGUGUUACCUUCGUGCCCCAGGAAAUGACAACCAAGCAGGUUUAAAUGCACAUGUAUAUGGAUCGUCGCAUUCCAAUCAACGCAUUGAAAGAUGGUGGUCAUUCCUUCGCCACGACAGAUCCACAUGGUGGAUAAAUUUCUUAAAGGAUUUAGUGGAAAGAAAUGUUGUUAAUACCGCAAAUGAAACAAGCAUGGAAUGCCUUUGGUUUUGUUUCAAAGAUAUUUUACAGGCAGAUCUUGAUUCGGUAAAAGAUAAUUGGAACAGCCACUAUAUCCGCAGAUCCCGAUAUGACACCAUCCCAGGGAGGCCAAACGAGCUGUAUUAUUUACCUGAAAAUAGCGGCUACCAAGAUUACAAGUGUGUCGUUUCUGAAGAAGACCUUUGCGAUAUGGCUGAAUACUGUGAAUUGUAUGAUGACGAUGAUGGUGAAUACAUUAGUUAUCUCGUGGAAAACAAUAAUUUAACACUACCAUCAAACUGGAGGGAAGCAUUAUUGUUAUACAAUAACUUGAUGCAUUUCGCAUAA